AUGGCGGUGUCGUCUCCCGCUCCGGAGCCGACGAGGAGGAGCAACAAGUGGCGCCGCGGCAACAGAAAGGUGAUCAACGGGUACAUCGGCGAAGCGCGGGCGGCUCUGGCGGCCGCGGCGGCGCGGGACGGCGACGGCGGGGAUGACUCGGCGGCCGCGGCCGCGCUCGGGCUGGUCGGCGCGGUGCUGGAGAUGUCGCCGCGCAUGGAGGCCGCGCUCGAGCUCCGGGCGCGCGCGCUGCUCGCGCUCCGCCGGUACCGCGACGUCGCCGAGAUGCUCCGCGACUACAUUCCCAGCUGCGCCAAGUCCUGCGCCGGGGAUGACACGGCCACCUCCUCCUCCUCCUGCUCGUCCGGCUCCGGCGACCUCGCCUGCGCGUCUCGCGCGGGGCUUCUUUCCCCGGGCCGCGAGCUCUCCAUCUCCGGCGCCGGGGGCUCCCUGUUCCUCUGCUGCUUCGACGUGUCCGAGAUCAAGCGCCGCGUCGUCGCCGGCCUAUCCAAGAACUCCGACGCCGAGACCCAGUGGAGGUACUUGGUCCUGGGUCAGGCUUGCUUCCAUCUCGGCUUGAUGGAGGACGCCGUGGUGCUCCUCCAGACCGGCCGCCGCCUCGCCACGGCCGCGUUCCGCCGCGAGAGCGUGUGCUGGUCGGAGGACAGCUUCUCCCCGUCCAACUCGACGGCCAAUGUGCCUGCAGCCAGCAGAAGGGCGCCGUGCAAGUUCAGCCAGGCGUCCGGGAUGCCGCCGGCGAGCGAGGCGGACUCGGUGUCACAGCUGCUGGCGCACGUGAAGCUGCUGCUCCGCCGCCGCGCCGCCGCUGUGGCGGCGCUGGACGCCGGCCUCCCCGCCGAGGCCGUGCGCCAUUUCAACAAGGUGCUCGACGCGCGCCGCGGCGGCGUGCUCCCGCACUCCUUCGCCACGGCCUGCCUGGUGGGCCGCGCCGCGGCGUUCCGCGCGUCCGGGCGGCCGGCCGACGCCAUCGCCGACUGCAACCGCGCGCUGGCGCUCGACCCGGCGUUCAUCCCGGCGCUGCGCGCGCGCGCCGACCUGCUCGAGUCCGUGGGCGCGAUCCCCGACAGCCUGCGCGACCUGGACCACCUGAAGCUGCUCUACGACGCGGCCCUCCGUGACGGGAAGCUGCCGGGGCCGAGCUGGCGGCCGCAGGGCGGCGUCCGGCAGCGCGAGAUCGCCGGUGCGCACCGCGAGCUGGUGGCCCGCGUCCAGCAGCUCCGCGCCCGCGUGGCCGCCGGCGACGGGUGCAACGUGGACUACUACGCGCUCCUCGGGGUCCCGCGCGGCUGCGCGCGGUCGGAGGUGGUGCGCGCGCACCUCCUGCUGACGCUGAAGCUGAAGCCGGACCGGUCGGCGUCGUUCGCGGAGCGGCUGGAGCUGGUGGACGAGCACCGCGACCUGGACGCCGUGCGCGACCAGGCGCGCAUGUCGGCCCUGUUCCUCUACCGGAUGCUGCAGAAGGGGUACUCGCACAUCAUGUCCGCCGUGCUGGACGAGGAGGCCGCCGCGCGGCAGAGGGCCAGGGAGGACGCCGCCGCCGCCGCAUUGGCUGCCACCGUGGCCGCCGCCGCAGCGUCGGCGACCAAGCAAGCAGAAGAAGAAGCCGCAGCGUCAGCGGCCAUGCAAGAAGAAGAAGAAGAAGAAGCGGCAGCCGUGCCGGAGAGCCCCAAGCAGACAGAGCGUGUCCGCUGCGAGAACAUCCCGGUGCAAGUCGCGGAGCCGGAAACGAUCGCGCCGCCGUCACCGCCGACGCCGAGGCUGAGCGCGGCGGCGAUGAGCCCGAUGUUCCAGGGCGCGUUCUGCCGCGACAUGGCGGUGGUCGGGACGCUGCUGUCCCGCGGCCGGUUCGACCGGCCGCCCAUGGCGGUCAAGUGCGAGGCGAUGAGCUGCUGA